AUGACAGAAGCAACAAACGAGACGCUCACUCAGCUCUCACAACUAACACGAGUGGCAGUGAAAGAUGGUAAGACAAGUUGGCCACUUCACUGUAUUCAAUCAAACGAUAUGAAACGAGAGCUUCAAAUACGAGUGACGUAUCAGAGAGUUAGUGAGCAGCUUGUGUUGACUGUCGUCAAGGGUAGAAAUCUGGAGUGGGAUGGACAAUAUAAUCAAUUGUAUGUCGUUGUGUGCCUUCUUGAUGAGUUGAGUAGAGUGCAAGAGAUCAGUCAAACUAAGAGCAGUAGUGAUGUGUUGUGUCCCGUCUGGAGUCACUAUGUAGUGUGGACACUGCGGUCUCUUGAUCAGUCGUCUGUCGCAAUUAUGUUGUGGGGACAAAAUGCGAGUGAUCACCUUUGUGGCUUGUUGGUCAUUGAUCUCACCGAUCAUGUGACAUCAGGUGAAGCCAAGUGGCACACACUCAUCGAUGAUCCGCAUGCCAUGCUGUCUAGAGCACCACUUGGCUCAUCAUCAUCAUCCGUGCGCCUUCAUGAUAAAACAAACACUCAAACGUCACAGAUUAAAUCAAUGUGCAGUGUGGCAGCAUUAAAUGAUGACGAUUGUGAUUCGCUUCAAACGGAGGCGUCUGGCAUUGAUCUUGGUGUUGGAUUUCAGUCAGAACCAUGUCACUCAAAGGCACAGAGAGAAGGUUGCAAGAGUGGCUGUCAGUUUUGCAGCACAUUGUCUUCGUGUGCUAGCUAUGAUAGCAGUGAUAGCUGCAGUUUGGGCAGUCAAGUGGCGAUUGUUGUUCCUACAUCGAGAGUUGGAGAACUCGUGAAGAUGACAGAGACUGACAAGCUGGGACCGGGUCAGUUGCUGACUAUCAACGGGCUGACCAUGUCAGGUAAGUGA